UUACAAAAGAGGUGGUUGGAACAAGCGGGAUACACGGAGAAUGAUAAUCUGGAAGAUCUUGGGAGAGAGGAUAAUAGUUACUUGGUUCGAUUCACAUUUCGGGAAACCUCGGUGCCGAGAUUUGAGGAAGAAGACACAUUUUCAUCCUUUACGAACGUCGGUCUUCGAGCACGAAACUUGCAAACUAUUCCAAUAUUUCUUUAUCGACAUGCUCACGAGAUUGUUUCACUUAAUGUUUCCCAAAAUCUCAUGCUCGAUCUUCCCAAAGAUUUUAUACAAUCUUGCAUACGUCUGCGCAUGCUUUACCUCUCAGAGAAUGAGUUGGACCAGAUCCCACAAUCAGUGGGAUGUACGGACAUACUCUCUUUGCUCGAUUUAAGUUCUAACAGACUGAAAAAUCUUGAAAACGUCUCGCUGGAGAAGAUCGGAGAACUGAAACAACUGUACGUCCAAAACAACUUGCUACAAAGUUUGCCCGACUGCUAUGCUGACUUUAGGUCAUUAAGCAUGUUAAUUCUUUCGAACAAUUAUUUCACGCAGUUUCCAUUGGUAGUUUGUGAAAUCAAAACACUUUCGGAACUGGACUUAAGUUACAACAAGAUAAUUUCUGUUCCCAAUGAAAUUGGUCAGCUCGUCAAUCUUAGUCGGUUGUUUUUAAUUGGCAAUCAAAUAACAGAUAAACUUCCCGAGAGUUUUCGAGAUUUAGUUUCACUGAAAAUGUUAGACGUUCGCCGAAAUAUGAUUAGCAAUCUAGACAGCCUCUCUCAGGUUCCUAAUCUUGAAAUUCUUCGGGCCGAAUAUAACAAUGUGACCACUAUGGACCUAUUUUCCAAUACGUUGAAACAACUCACGAUGUCCAAAAAUAAUAUCACGCAAUUUUCGCUUAAAGGAACAGGAGAAUCGUUGAGUGAACUUUCGUUAUGUAAUUCAAAACUCACUACUUUACCCGAUUCCCUGUUUGAACAUCUUUCGAAAGUUAGAGAGAUUAGAUUUUGUAGUAACCAGCUAUAUUCAAUUCCGUCGAAAAUAGAACUAAUGACAAAUUUGACACACUUUUACUGUACGAAAAACACACUUUCGGCGCUUCCUAGCGAGAUAAGCGGUUUAAUAUCUUUAAAAGUACUGGAUAUUCAUAAUAACAAUCUCAAGUCUCUACCACAAGAGAUAUGGCUUUGCAAAAGUUUGGUCACCUUGAACGCAAGCUCGAAUCUUCUAGAAGAGUUUCCUUCCCCACCUAAAAACCAACCAGGAACAAAUGACCAACCUCCGCUUGCUCUUUCGCUUCACCAUUUAUACCUAGCAGACAACCAUCUUACCGCCGAUAUCUUCUCCGCCGUUUCUUUGUUCACCGAGCUUGAAAUCUUGAAUCUAUCAUUUAAUGAGUUGGGUCAAGUUCCCAUAGAAAAAAUUAAAAGUCAGCAUCUAACUGAAUUGUAUCUUUCUGGCAAUCAGUUGACUACACUACCUGAAGAUAUUGGAAAGUUAACCAACUUGAGGAUCCUUCACCUCAACGGCAAUGAGUUUCAUACUUUACCCGCUGAAUUAGGUAAAAUACGGAAACUCAUGGUGCUAGAUGUCGGAUGCAACCUCUUAAGAUAUAACAUCACCAAUUGGCAAUACGAGUGGAAUUGGAAUUGGAAUUUUGAGCUUAAAUAUCUGAAUCUCUCGGGAAAUAAGCGCUUCAAGAUAAAACACGUACAUCUGAAUGAAAUGAAUCCUUUCCCAAAUCGCAAUUUGGCUGAUUUUAGUUCAUUGGUUCACCUCAGAGUUCUUGGUCUUAUGGACAUUACGCUUUUGCAGUUAACGGUCCCGGAGGAGACGGAUAAUCGUCGCGUACGAACAUCCGUUUCAGUGGUAAACAACAUGUCAUAUGGGAUGGCUGAUACCUUGGGAAAAUCCGAUGUCCUUAAUCUUUCCACGUGGGAAUCUGUGAUACCAAAGUUUCGUGAACGAGAUGACGAAUGCCUGUUCGGGUUAUUUGAUGCUCGUGUAGGUUCUAAUCAGGGCGGACAAGUCACAAAAUAUCUUCAUGAUUGGUUCCCAUUUCACUUUAAAUCUGAACUCGAUAAGAUUAAGGACAACGAGACGUUCGAAAUCAAAGCAGCUUUAAGACGUUCCUUCUUGGGAUUAAAUAAAGAGCUCGGAUCAAAGGUAUUCAACUCUAGUAUGGAGGCGACCUAUACCCGAGAAACCGAAAGCGGACACUCUUCACAUAUAGGAAUUAAUGAUAACAAGUCAGGUGCUUCCGGUCUGGUGGUUUAUAUUGCCGGGACUAAUUUGUACGUAGCUAAUAUUGGUGAUACCGGGGCAGUUAUAUGUCGCGGUGGAAACGCACUGCCGAUAGCGAAGUGCUUAGGGGUUUCAGAUGAAGUUGAGAGAAUACGGGAAGCAAACGGUUUCAUCUCACAUGAUUGUUUAGUGAAUAAAGAAUUUGACGUCUCGCGUUCUUUCGGUCACUUCCACUUGUCACCAAUACUUAACGGGAAUCCCAUUAUCGAAAUGGUUAGCCUUUCCGAACAGGAUGAAUUCUUGAUAUUGGCAACACGGAGAUUAUGGGAUCACAUGAGUCCUCAAACUGCUGUUGAUAUAGCAAGGAUGGAGAAAGAUGAUCUCAUGUUGGCUGCACAAAAGUUACGUGAUUUUGCCAUUGCAUAUGGUGUGGACAAGAAUAUUAUGGUAAUGAUUAUUGGUAUAGGUGAUCUAUUUGAACAGAAGUCAAGCAUGCGAUUCACAGGAAGGGACAGACAUUAUGAAGCCGGGACAAUUACAAUGUUUGGUAACAGUAAAAAACGAUUUAGACAUGAAGAAUUACCUAACGAUUCAACCAUGGCACGAUUGGAAAAAGAAAUCCCACCGCCAGUCGGAAAAGUUGCUCUGGUUUUUACUGACAUAAAAAAUUCAACCUUUUUGUGGGAAACAAUCCCUAUUGCCAUGAGGUCUGCUAUUAAGCAUCACAAUUCCUUAAUGCGUCGUUUGCUCCGUAAUAUAGGUGGAUACGAAGUAAAAACAGAAGGAGAUGCUUUUAUGGUUUCAUUUCCAACAGUAUCUUCUGCUCUACUAUGGUGUUUUACGGUACAAAUAGAACUUUUAAAUGUUGAUUGGCCACAAGAAAUCAUCGACUCUGAAGACGGAAAAGAAAUACGUGGAUCAGAUGAUGAGGUUUUGUAUAGAGGGUUGUCAGUUCGAAUGGGUAUACAUUGGGGUUCUCCUGUGUGCGAACCCGACAUUAUAACGAAUAGAAUGGAUUAUUUUGGCCCAAUGGUUAACAGAGCUGCUAGAAUUUGUAAUGCAGCAGACGGAGGACAGAUUUGCAUUAGCUCCGAUAUAGAAACUGAAAUUAGGUUAUUAGAUGGAAUAAUGGAGGGUGACAAUAUGGAUUCUUUAUCGAGGAAAAAUAGUACUAGUGGGGAUAGCGAGAUGCAAGAAACAAUAAAUUCUACUAAUCCAGAGAUCGUAAUUGAUAAGAAUACUAUUGCCUUGAAGAAGAUGGGUUUUGUUGUGAAAAAUAUUGGUGAACGAAAACUUAAAGGACUCGAAAACGCCGAAGUAUUGUCGUUGGUCUAUCCAGAAAAGUUAAAAGGCCGAUUGAAAGAAGAUGAAAUAAAAGCUCGUAAUUCCAUAGUGGCCGAGGUGAUUGAACCCACACAUCCCCAAUCAUUGGAUCCAUCGCAUAUUCGAAGGCUUGGUUAUCUCUGUUUACGCCUUGAGCGUAUUUCAUCUGGAAAUGUUGGUCAGCGACCAUCCCGAAACUCAAGGACCGAUUAUUUGACAGGACUCUUGACUUUUCAUGUAAAAGAUAAUGCAGGCGAUGAAGAGCUAGAGAGAAUUUUUGAGAGCUUGAUCACAAGAAUUGAGAAUGCAAUUUCUACUCUGCGUCUCAAAAAGUACGAAAAAGUUUUGCGUGUAUUUGAUCAAAUAUCUGCCGAUCCAGAUCAAAUUAUUCGCGCAUUACAAAUGUAUCGUGAUCAUCAAAACUAA